AUGGCCGAUGUUCAUGCAGAUGAUCCAAUGCUGUGUCUUCAGAUACAGGAGUGCAUCACACAAGGCUGUGAUGAUCCCUUACUUACUUAUGUUCCAGAGAUUCUGCUUGAUACAACACAAGAAACGGCAGAGAUUGGCUGGUCUACUUACCCGGAGGGAGGGUGGGAUGAAGUCAGCGUCUUAGACAAUCAGCGCCGUCUCCUGCGCACCUAUGAAGUGUGCAAUUCCUACGCACAGCGCUCCAACCAGAGUAACUGGCUGCGCACAGGCUACAUUGCCAGCCGCGGUGCCCAACGCGUGUACCUCAAAUUGCAUUUCUCUGUAAGAGACUGCGCCAGUCUGCGGCCGCCACCCAGACGACGCCACCUGGCGUGCAGGGAGACGUUUACUCUAUACCAGCGGCAAGCAAGUAGCGCAAUGGAAGCCGAGGAAUGGGAAUGGUCUGAGGAAAAUUGGACAAAGGUGGACACUAUUGGAGCUGGCAGAAGUUUCAGCCGCAAUCCAGAAAAAGGUGGGCAGGGUCCGCGGAUGGAUGAGAGGACUAUAGACUUCGGGCCAGUUAAUAGAAAUGGGUUCUACUUGGCCUUUGUGGACUCUGGGGCCUGCCUCUCAUUGGCUGGAGUGAAGGUCUAUUUUCACAAGUGCCCAGCCACAGUGCGGAGUCUUGCCUCCUUCCCCGAGACGCCAUCUAGCGGGGAAGGCGGGGCAUCAUUGGCUGAAGCCGUGGGGAGCUGCGUUGUUGGCGCCCAUCUUCUAGGUACCGCCCGCCUCAGUCUACAUUGCGGAGGGGAGGGAGAGUGGAUGAUCUUGAGUGGGAGCUGCGUCUGCGAUGCGGGAAGAGAAGUGAGUGAAGAUGGAACCCAAUGUCAGGCCUGCACCCCUGGAACGUACAAUUCUCCUGAUGCCUCCACAUCUCAUUGUCAGCUCUGCCCAAGUAAUAGCUACACAGCGACGCCUGGAGCGCUGGCCUGUACGUGUAACAAGGGGUUCUACCGCAUCCCAGAGGAGCCCCCAGCGUCCCCCUGUACCGGGCCUCCAUCUGGACCAUGGGAUCUGAAUUAUGAAGUGACCGGUCCCGGAGCUGUAUCCCUGACAUGGAGGACACCUAAAGACACGGGAGGCCGCGCAGAGGUCAUGUACACGGUGACCUGUAAGGAGUGUAUGAACGGACGCUGCCUCCGCUGUGCCGAUGGAGUGAUCUUCAGACCUGGCCAAGUAGGGCUCACCCAGACCAGGGUCCAUCUGUCAGGACUUCUCCCUGGAAUGGCGUACACCCUGGAGGUGCUGGCAACCAACAAGGUGUCAGAAAUGAGCGCCGAGCCCCCCAAAUAUUCCUCACUGAACCUCAGCAUCAGUCAGUCAGUCCCAUCUGCAGUACCCAUCAUCCACCAGGUAAGCCGGUCUGUGCAGAGCAUCACUCUAUCUUGGCCGGAACCAGAACAACCGAAUGGGAAAAUUCUGGACUAUCAGCUGCGCUACCGUGAAAAGACCGACGAGGGAGAGUCUCUGUCUCUCAUCAGUGAAACCAAUACUGCAACCGUUGGCGGCCUGAACCCUGGGGCGAUUUAUUCCUUCCAGGUGAGAGCCAGAACAGAGCGCGGGUACGGAGCCUACAGCGGAAACAUGUACUUCCAAACCCUGCUGGGAGGCGGGGAGCAGUCUCAGGUAUCCCAGGACAAGCUGCCGCUUAUCGUGGGCUCCUGCCUGGGCGCUUUGGCUUUCAUCGGAAUCUCCGUCAUGCUGCUCCUCAUUCUUUUCUUCAAGAGCAAACGGCGAGAGACGCCAUAUACCGACAGGCUGCAGCAUUAUAUCAGCUCAAGAGGUUUAGGGGUGAAGUAUUACAUUGACCCUUCCACCUAUGAGGACCCCACAGAGGCCGUCCGAGAGUUUUCCCGGGAGAUCGAUGUAUCAUUUGUGAAGAUUGAAGAGGUCACCGGAACAGGAAACUUUGGGGAUGUGUGUCGCGGGCGGCUGUGUCUCCCUGGGAAGCGGGAGACGGCGGUGUGUAUCCGCACCCUACGCUCAGGGAGCGGGGACAAAGAGCGAGGGGAGUUCCUCAGUGAGGCCAGCAUCAUGGGUCAGUUUGAACACCCCAACGUGGUACGUCUGGAAGGCGCUGUGACCCGCAGCCGUCCCAUCAUGAUUCUUACAGAGUACAUGGAGAAUGGAGCGCUGGAUGCUUACCUCAGGCAGUGUGAGGGUGGUCUCUCCGCCCUGCAGAUGGUCUCCAUGCUGCGCGGUGUUGCGUCCGGCAUGCGGUAUCUGGCAGACAGAAGUUAUAUCCACAGAAAUCUUUCCGCUUGCAGCAUCUUGGUGAAUGGACAGCUGGUGUGUAAGGUGGCAGGUCUGCGUCGUCCAGGAGAUGUUAGGAGGCAGUCUGUACGUUGGCUGUCUCCCGAAGCUCAUCACCAACGCAAGUUCUCCUGCGCGAGCGAUGUAUGGAGCUACGGAAUCGCCAUGUGGGAGGUGACGUCCUACGGAGAGCGGCCAUACUGGGACAUGAGCAACCAAGAGGUAUUGGAUGCCAUUGAGCAGGAAUAUCGCCUGCCCCCACCCCCUGACUGCCCCAGUGCCCUGCACCUCCUCAUGUUAGACUGUUGGCAACGUGAUCGCUCACAGAGGCCUCGCUUUGAGCAGAUUGUCAGCUCACUGGACCGUAUGAUUAGGAACCCCAGUUGCUUAAAAACGGUGGGAGUUUCUAGCACCAGGCCCUCGCAGCCGCUCCUCAGUAACUGUCCACCAGACUUCCCGUCUCUCUCCUCGCCCCACGAGUGGCUGGAAGCCAUCAAGAUGGAGAGAUACAAGGAGAACUUUGACAAGGCCGGAUACACAACCCUGGACAUCAUUUCACAGCUGACCGCAGAAGACAUCAAGCUGAUCGGAGUGACACUAUCUGGGCACCAGAAAAAAAUUCUCAGCAGUAUCCAGCUGUUGAAGGCUCAUCUGCAACCUCUGGAACCCGUCGAAGUUUGAGGAGGCGAUCGGCAUAGAGACUGAUGUCCUGACUAGAGAACGGGUGACUUAAAGGGUACAGGCGGAAAACAGAGACGGUCAAGAGAAUUAUAGUCUUGGACGCACACAUACAAACACAGACUGAUAUAUAAGCAGGUGGAGCAGUAGCUCCAGCUGAUGUUAAGGAGGUGGAACCAGAGACAGCGGCUUAAGGUAGCGGAGAGCGUCUGACCCCAGAACAGUACGGAUACCGAUUGGACGGUGGCAUCUGGCCCAGAGAGGGUUGUUUCCAAACUAAAAUGAUAGCAAUUCUCCCCGAAUGUAGACCAAUGCUGUAUUGUUCAGGAGACCACAUAAGGCUCAAUCCUGGAUCUUGUGGUACAACAGCUGUCAGGACUGGCAUCAUACAUUGGUAACAGAAGUGUACAAGAUGGGGCUGUUUGUGUUUUAGGUCAGUGGUGGCUGGAUGGAGUAAGGAAUACAUCAGUGCCUGUUAUCCAGGAGAUAGACGCACUCCGGCCAAUCGUCCGGCCAUCUUCCUAUCAUAUUUG